ACUAAUGGACUUGUGGCAAAGGUAUUGGGUACUUGGCGUUGGUGCGCUGAUUAAGAAUGCUGUCAGUAAAUGUGUUGUUUGCAGAAGGUACAACGCUAAAGCUUCUCAACAAAAAAUGGCAUCAUUGCCUACUGAACGGGUGAUGAGCGAUAAACCUGUAUUCGAUAACUCAGGUCUUGAUAUGUUUGGACCCUUUGAGAUCAAACAAGGUCGAAGCAUGGUCAAAAGAUAUGGACUGCUGUUUACUUGCCUGGCUACAAGAGCCAUACAUUUGGAGAUUGUUCAGACAGCAAACACUGACUCAUGCUUGAAUGCUAUACGCAGAUUUAUCUGCAGGAGAGGUAUUAUUUCCUCAUUAAGGACAGAUAAUGGCACCAAUUUUAUAGGAGCCGAAAAAGAAUUGAGAGUCGCAGUGAACGCCUGGAAUGACAGUGAAAUUCCUGAGUGGUUGAAGCAGAUGGGUAUCCGUUGGGAGUUCAACCCACCAGCCGCAUCUCACUUUGGUGGGGUGUGGGAAAGACUUAUCAGAACAGUGCGCAAGGUCAUUAACGGAGUACUACAAGAACAAUGUUUGAAACUAGAUGAUGAAGGAAUCCGUACUUUGUUUUGCGAAGUUGAAAGUAUUAUCAAUAGUCGGCCAAUAUCUACAAUAUCUUCAGAUCCCAAUGACCUACAACCAUUAACUCCUAGUAUGCUGCUGACAUUAAAGGAAAAGGCAUCAAUGCCUCCGGGAAUUUUUGACAGGAAUGAUGCUUAUUCCCGAAGGCGCUGGCGCCAGGUUCAAUACUUGGCAAAUCUUUUCUGGGCUAGAUGGCGCAAAGAAUAUUUGCCUAUGUUGCAGAAAAGGCAGAAAUGGUGCGACCCGAAAAGAAAUCUCACAUGUGGAGAUAUUGUGCUUGUAAUGGACGAAUCGCUACCAAGAAACAGUUGGCUACUUGGGAGAAUAGUGGAAGUCAAUGUAGACAGCAGUGGUUUUGUGAGAUCCUGUUCUGUUAAGACUCAACAUUCUGUGUUGAAGAGACCGAUAUCUAAACUGUGCUUGCUUUUGGAAAUGGAUCAAGAUCGAAAGUGAAUUUUGUUAUGAACAUGAACAUUGUUGAACAUUAUUGCUUGUUACUGUGUUAUUCUUGAAGUUAAUGCAUCUUUAAUUUGAAUAAUUGUUUCACAAUUAAGGGGCCGGGAUGUAAUGCCUAAUUAACCAGAUUUAUAGAGGGCGUCAUAACGCUGACGUAUAACAAAGGUAACCAUGGCGGCAUUUGGAAAGAAUUGUACGUAAAGUUUCUCGUACUUAAUUUAGCCUGCCUUGCCAUCUAGAAUCUGUAGAGUUGCGAAAUCUUUAAUUGAAAUGUCUACAAAACUUUGUGAAUCACGUACACGUACACGUAAACGUACACGUACUCAUACUCGUUGACGUUGUUCUUCUCGUAUUCGAUAGACGUCUUGUCAUCGUCCCGUUACUACUGUUAUACCAUUUUUUCACCGUUUCAUUUAUCAUCCUUUCUACGUUUGAACGAUUAAAUUUACAUAACAUCUUAUGCUGAUUCCAUUGGUAGUAAUUU